AUGGAGAGGCGUGAGCUGCCCGCUAAGCGGGACAAAAAUAACAGUGUUAGCGACGGCGACAACAGCCAGAAAAAGUUGUUCGUGAUGGGCGACGUUGUACUGUCCUCGUCUCCUACGCCGCUUUUCGACCAGAGCAUGUCGACUCCACCUGCUUCUCCCGGUCACUCCACUAUCGCCUACAAGCAACCUUGGGCUUCGAUUGGUUCUGGACAACUGAGCACCCGGGAUUCCUUUCUCUUUCUCCGCUACAUCCCGGAUCGUCUCCUAGGUAAGCGCCUCUCGCCACACAUGGAAAAUGGUAGAGCACUGAAGCCACUUGAGCCAUCCUCAAGGGCUGUAGACGUGGUCGCAGUUUUGGCUCAUAUGGAUCCAGAGCCUCUGGCCGGCAGCAGUUACCAUUAUUACCGAGAGUGGAGACUACGGAGUACGAUAAUUGUUCACGGGAGCAUUCCCGGUGAUAUGAGUGUUAGAGCCUGGAGAGCAGCACAGCAGAACAAGCGACAGGAAGAAGAUUACCUAGCCGUCGCUGCUCAUCGGUUCCACCUGCAUAAACGAUUCGGGGAGAAAAUAGAUCGCAUAACACCAACGUUGCACUUCAUCUUGGUGGUGCUUCGUCUGUCAUCGCCUGCCAAUCAAAAGCAUGGCAAAGAUCUCAAGGCUUGCUGUGUCUUGGAACAUAAAGCUUCCCAACUCUGA